AUGAGUACCUCCAUGCCGUCUGCGAGCGAUGAAAGCACAAACAUCUGGCAGAAUCGCCGUCUGCGCUCUGGCAAGGUUCAGCGUCUCGUGGGCGCCAAGAUCGUGGUGUUCAUAAGCCUUGCCGUUGUCACCCUUUUCUGCUCUUUCCUCACCCACACGACACUUGGUUCAUUCAGUCUUCUUCUUUCUGACACCUGGACCUUGACCAUCGCCUCUUUGGUCACCGCCCAUUCAUCGUAUCCAUCGUUUCUGUACAUCAGUACUUCACUUGUUCACCAUUCGUUCGUCAUGUCGCACCACUCACCCCAGUCUUCCACCGGCGUUGGCCCUUCUUCCAGCCCCUAUGCUGGCACUGACCCUACUCUGUACUCACCUGAGCUCUCCCGCUACACUCGCUCGGCUGGCUUGCAUCACCGCAACAACCUCAGCCAGGUCACUGUCACCGACAACGGCAAGCCCUCACACCACAAUCCCGGUGCUGCCUCUCCCAAGUACAAGGGCGUCCUUCCUUUCCCCGCUCCUUACUACCAAGGUCUCUUCGCCAAUGAGUUGUCCGAGGAUGACAAGUCGUUCAUCUCGCGCUUCCAGUUUGUUACUCAGCUUCCUGACGGCACCAAUGCUGGCGUCGACUCGGAACAUGAGCUCUUCAGCAUUCAGCACCAGAUGAAGCUAUACCAAUGCUUCUCCAGCUGCGUGCCUGUGUACACGCGUGGCGUUCACCUUCGCUACGACGACCUUCGCGAAGCUGCUGAGGCCAAGGAUGUCCUCGCUCAGCACGGCUUCGUCGUCGACUGGAUCACCGGUUACGAGUUUGCUCUUGCCAAGUCGCAGGACACCGCCCAGCUCAACGAGUUUGAAGGCUCCAUCAAGGUACCAGUCUUCAUCCAGCCUCACCCUGACCAGGUCAACUGGGAGUUCACCGAAGCCGACCUUGCUCAAGUCACUGAGGCCAUCGAGCUCACUGCUGGCGUCUUCGGUACCGUCCGCAACUGCGUCCACGUCGAGACCCACGACACUAGCAUGACACUCGUCUUCCGCGUCGAGUUCCACUCAGUCGACGCCGCCACUCGAGCUGUUCAGAGCUUGACCCUCGACUCGGUUUGGGGUAUCAACGAUGCGAAGACCUUCCGCUGGGCAAUCAACGAGCCCGUGCCUUGGUCUGGCGAGCGAGCCAUGAACUCUCCCCAUCGCACCAAGCCUCGCGUCGACGACCAGGGUCGCUUUGUCGGAUACCGUCCUGCCACUGGCCCCCUCAACGGCUCAUAUCAGCGGCAUCCAGCUGACCAGCACAACCGUGUCCGCCGUGAGCGCAUUCUCGAUGGCAGCGAUGUUCGCACCACCAUCAUGCUACGCAACAUCCCCAACAAGAUGGACUGGAUGUCCCUCAAGACCAUCCUGGACGAGGUCUGCUUCGGCACCUACGACUUUGUCUACCUUCGUAUCGACUUCAAGUCUGGCUGCAACGUGGGUUAUGCCUUCAUCAACUUCGCCGAUGUUGGUGGCAUGAUCGCACUCAUUGAUCGCAUCGAGCGUCGCUGCUGGACUGCGUACCGAUCGUCCAAGGCCGCCGAGAUCUCCUAUGCUACGAUCCAGGGUCGUGAGGCGUUGGUGCAGAAGUUCCGCAACUCUUCUGUCAUGCAAGAGACCCCCUUCUGUCGUCCUCGUCUCUUUCUCACCUACCUCGACGCCGAAGUCUCUGACAAGCUUCGCUCCACCGGCACCGAGCAGUCCUUUCCUCGUCCUGACAACCUGUCUAAGCUUCAGCGUUCGAUGGACAGCGCCCGUAGCGUCGGUCUCUACCCUCCCCACGGGUUUUCUGCCGUCACCGAGCACCGCAACCGCGCCAGCGUCUACGAUCGCGGCACUCCUCGCGACAUGAUGCAGGCUGCCAUGAACUUCGCUCGCCAGCGCGCUGCCCCUGUUCCGCUCCAAGGCCUCACUGACUUUCAGAAGCACGACGUCGAGGUUUGGUACUCUCACAACCACGGCCAGGGUCAAGUUGGAUACAUUCCCUUCAACUACAUCCCCAUGACCCACAUCGCCCAGUAUUUUGGGGAGCAUGAGUCUUCUCCCAACUCCGUCGUCGUCAACCACCCCGGUGUUAUUGGUGCUCCAGUCGUGAGCACUCCUUACAAGGCCAAUUACAUUGGCACCACCGUCAAGACUCCGACUCGUCGCCCUCGCGUCAACGACAGUCCUUCUUACGUUCGCUCUGACUACAACGAGCAGGCCAACGGCAUCUUCGCUUAG